AUGCUUCGCGAGUUCUUCUACGGUGAAGAAAUUACCGGCGAACCAUUUGGGAUGAUUUCGGGUCAGGAAAGGGAUGUGGACAAUACAAUGGAGCCUAUGAGGAAAUUGCACAGUAUGGAGGGCGAAACCAGAGAAGAACUUGAAAUGCCACCAGAAAAGAAGAUUGAUUUAGAGAAAAAGAUAAAAAAUUACGGCCAUAUCAGAAGGGACCACGUUCGAAAAGUGGGCGAUUCGAUUGAAGAAACUAAUAGAAACGGCGGACUGGACUUGGCGUUGUUCCAAGAAGAUAUGAUUCUCACUGAGUUUGUCGAUUUAGACGUCUCAGACUGUACGGCAACAAGCUGCGGAGGUCCUAGCGAAGACGUCGAAGAAAACGCAGGCCAUCGUACCAAACGACAAGCAUUCCGCGACAAAAACUAUCCUAACACUACUUGGCCCAAAGGAGUAAAUUACUACCUUUAUAAUGCAAGUUUGUCUUGCACUGUUUUUUCUCCACUACAAAGUCACAAAGAGGUCACAGUACACUUAUUUACAACUUCAGGCGGCGUUACAGUACGAUUGUUCAGAAAAGCAGCCGCGUUGUGGUCUGCGGAAACCUGCGUUAACUUUGGAGAAACUUACGCAGGUAAAAGAAGAAAUUUUGAGCUGAAGAUGCAAUCGUCGUUAAUGAAAGCGUGGGAAUCGCAGCGCAUGAGAUCACGCACACUGGGUUUCUUCCAUACUCAAAGCAAACAUGAUCGUGACAACUUCGCCAGAAUUGAUUUCAGCAACAUUCAAACAUUGUUGAUUGGAGAAACUCUUCUGCAGUACGGCUGGGAGGGUCAAUUCACAAAGCAAACUAAGGAAACUAACUACAGCUAUAACAUGAGCUACGAUUACGGAACUCUCAUGCAUUACGGAGCAAUGGGGUUCGUCAAUUUUCAACUUUUUCACUAUAAAAUAAAUCUCCAAAAGAGUCUUGGAAGAAAUGCUAAAACGGUGGAUUCCCCAUCCCAGAAAUUGCAACAAAUGCACUUGACCCAGCGGAUACGGGUGAGACUUUUGCGACCAAAGAUCCAAAAAAAAUGUCGCACUAUUUUCCAGCUACCGGGUUACGGUAAGACGGUGACUGCAACAGAAUCGUAUCAAACAAUCAGCAACACCGUGGGUCGAUGGGAUUAUCAUCCCGAAGGCGAUACCGAUGAAUACUAUAUGUGCACCUACUGGAUCCAGGUUCAACAUUUUGUAUAUAACCUGACUGAACCAUGGAGCACUGACAGUGAAUUCCUCAAGGGCAUGCCCGGCUCAAAGAUUCAAGUGGUAUUUGUCAACUACACUGAAAAUCUGUCCCUCGACGGAUGCAUAUACGUCGGUGUUGAGAUUAAAACAUUAGCAGAUAAACGUCGCACUGGUUACAGGCAAGAGUGCACUGUUCAGAAGCAUAUCGUUAUUGCGCUAAUCCUGCUCUUCGGACUAUUUUGGAACAACUUUAAUCUCACAGCACAACAUAGUCCCUAUAAUUACUUUCAGCAGAGGCCAGCACUAUAA